CCUGCGCAGUGAGGUGAGAGAGCGCGCGCCUAGCGUCGUCUCCACACUGUCGCGUGAGAAGAGCUGACGGUUUGCGAAAUGUCUAAAAGGAAGAGGCAACAAUCUGCAGGCGGUAAGCGAAAAGGAACAACAAAGAAAAAGGAAGUAACACAGGAGAAGGCUUCGGGGACUGUGAACGAGGAGAGCGCCGUCUGCGGUCAGCAAGUGGAACUGCGCUGUGAGGAUGACCGCGCUGCCCCGAGCAGCGCAGAGGAGAGAGGAGUCGCAGGAAGCAGGUCAGAGAGUGAGGGGGGAGACGGCGCUCACAAACUCAGCCCUGGAGUGAAGGACUGCUUCCUACCGUUAGCCCAGAAUAUCCUCCCGUGCUGCUUCUCCACUGCGGGCUCAUCCUGCGAUGAUGAUGAAGAUGAUGAUGAUGAUGUCGCCCAGCCCAGUGCGCCGGAGGAUACCACUUCGGACCAGCACAGGUGGGCAGGGGAAGGGCCGGGGCAGGUAGACGCCACCCUCCACAGUCACGGGGGAUCGCACGGGCCAAACCACAAAGCCAGCACUUCGGGAGAGCAGAGACAGGAGGCAGAUCCAGAGAGGCAGCAGGCCACUGUAACGGAGCAAGGGGGGGCAGGAGAGGGGGGGCAGGAGCACCUACCCCAUUGCGAGGGGUGCGGGACCCCUGGAUUAAAAGCCUCUCUGGGGUUGGAGGGUACAGAAACGCAGGGCGGUGGUGUUGCUGGUAGUGCACAGGGAGGGCCAGCCUGUUUAUUAGGGAGCACGGAGGCUGUGUUUACAGAGGGGGGGAAGCAGUCCGAGUCAGCCAAGCCGAAACACGUUGAGACUUACCCCGAGACACAGGCUGAAACAUCGACCAAUCUGCAGGGAAAGGGGCUGGCGGAACCUUGCAACGAAGCUGGGGCUCAGCCUGCACCCCCACAUUCCCACUGCGGAACCCCCGGAGAGCCCCCUGCCCUGCCAGCAGCAGCAGCAGCCUCCGUUCCUGAGAGAGAAGAAUCUACGAGGCUCUGCAAAGGGGUGAUCCCCAGGCAGGGGCGAGGAGUCGCGAUGGAGAAGGGCUCGCAAGUUUUCCCGAAUCCGGGAUCCGGAACAACACCGCCGCCUCAUGCCUCUGCCGCCUCCUGGCCCCCUUGGAGCUGCGCGGGGCGAUCCCGGAUCCGGCUUGGGAAUGAGGACGUGGAAUUGGCAGCAGGCAGGCAAAUCCCAGGCAGUGAGGAGGAGGGCCCUGAAAAGAACGAGAAGGAUUUCAUGAGAAAAACCCAGCAAAGCCAUUCACAGAGCAGAACCGAGACGGAAGAGUUAAAAGCAUCGCAGAGCUUCGGAGAGGGAGAGGGAAGCGACUGGGGACAAAUAAAGCUUUCAGAGAACAACAAACUAUCAACGUCAUCAUCCAGUGCAGCAGCAGCAGCAGCAGAAUCCAAACCAGCAGCCGUGUACGUGAACCCGUGCGUGCUGGAGGAGAGGGACUGGCAAUCCCGCUUCGCCGUGCUGGAGAUAGAAGACUCGAGCGACGCGGGGGCCGGGCAGCGCAAGGCUAAGGGGGCGGCGCGGUCAAGGCGGUGCAAGCCUGCCACCAGUGCUGCUGCUGCUGCUGCUGCUGGGAAGAGGGAGGUGACGACCGCGCUAGUGUGCGCUGAGACAGCCUGCCCUGAUCUGACUCACACCGAGGCGGAGGGAAGUCUCCAGGGAGCAGCUGGGGCAGGCAGACUGACAAACCCUGCCUCGGCCGCCCAGGAUCGAGAGGAGGGGGGACCCCACCCCUUUACCCCAGCUGCUGCCCGGGCGAGCCCCGAGUCUGAGAGAGAGGAUGCGGGGGCCACACAGAGCUGCGAGGAUCACAGCGAGUGGGACUCUGAGUUUCUGCACGACUGCUCCACGCAGCGCUUCCCUGACUCCUGCUCUCUCCCGGCUCCGCUCCCCGUCCUUGGGACAGAGUCCGGUGGUUCUUCCCUGGAGCUGCCUCUCUCCAUCGGCUCCAUCUCGGACUCGCAGCUCCACGAGAUGACACUGGGGGAGGCCCCGGUCCCAGUCUCUGCAGGACUACGAGGACGCCAGCGAGCUGGUGUGCGGACUUAUAGAGGAGCUCUCGCAGAUCAACCGGCUCAUCAUGCUGACUCACCGGGAGCUGCAGUCUGGAAGGACACACCGCCAACCCCAAGGACCUGUAACCCCGCUGGGAGACACACCGCCAACCCCAAGGACCUGUAACCCCGCUGGGAGACGCACCGCCAACCCCAAGGACCUGUAACCCCGCUGGGAGACGCACCGCCAACCCCAAGGACCUGUAACCCCGCUGGGAGACGCACCGCCAA